GCCAGAGGACAGCAGUGCAGCUGACAUGGAUAUUCUCUUUCCUCUGAGUGUUAUUGAUACAGAGCUGUGCCCCAGCCCCGUUCCCCAGAUCAUCCAUCUCAUCCUCUUUGUUGGGUUUAGCCUGGUGUUCCUCAUCAUCUUAAGCCCCUACUUUCCCAGGGAGCCGUCCUCAGUGCCUCCCAGAGAGGAGAACAGCGAGAAUGAUAAAGCUGAAGUGGGGGAAUGGCUCAGGAUCGGAAAUAAAUACAUCACCUGGAAAGCUUGGAGAAGUCUCUUGAAAAAACUGGAGAACGUUAAGGACCACACUCUCCUGCCAGAAAAGUGAGGCUGUUUCUCCUUCUCUCCCGUGUCCUUCCUACCUGGACCCAGGAUGCCAGCCCAGGGCCUGGGGCUGAUGUGGGAGAGGAGAUCACAGCCGUGAUGUCACUAAAGCCCUGGAGCAGAGGUAGGCAGAGCUUUGUGAGGUGAGCGUGAGGGGCCUUGGAGGGGCGUGGGCCGCAGGUGCCCAGUGCUCCUGGCUGCAGCCUGUGCCUCCUGUGCCCUGCAGGCUGCUGAGGAAGCUCCCUGGUGAGGUCAGCUUCCAUUGUCUUCUAAGCCGACACCGCUUGAGGAAGUUGUUUGAACGAGGCCCUUGGAAGGUUCACUGGCCAGGUUGGGGGCAGUAUGGGAAAGCUUCUCCCACCAGAUUGUCUCUGGGCUCCCCUGUCUCAUCUGGCCUCCACGCCAUCAUUAGUCCCAAAGACCUCCA